AUGGCGGACGCUGUACAUCUCCUACAAUGCAAGCUUUUCUAUGGCGCCACGAUCAUCACUGUCAACCAACGGCGGGAGAUCGUUCGUGACGGAUAUAUCCGCGUUGACGGCGACCGAAUUACCGCCGUUGGAAAGUGCCCAUACCCCGGAGUCUUACCCAAUGGCACCAGAGAGAUCGACUGCCGAGGCAAGAUCAUCAUUCCUGGGUUAAUCAACACACAUGCCCAUCUGGUUCAAUCUUUGCUUCGGGGACUGGCGGAAGAUCUACCGCUGCACAAUUGGCUCUGCGAUGCAAUAUGGCCACUCGAGGCCGUCUUCCAAGGCGCGGAUGGAUUUCAUGCAGCCCGUCUGACCAUGGCCGAGAUGCUAAAGACGGGCACAACGUGCUUUCUCGACCCAAUGUUGACAUACCGAGCCGGUUUUGACCAAGUCUGUGCUGCAGCAGGUGAGAUGGGAAUCAGAGGCUGUCUUGGGAAGCUCGUCAAAUUUACCGAAACGAAUCGUCAACUGUCGAUAACGGACCCGAGAGACCAAGACUUGCUUGCCAUGUCAAUACCAGAACUCUUGAAUGCGCACCAGAAACAUCACAGCAGCCACGACGGCAAGAUUCACGUCUGGGCUGCGGCAGGGACACCCCGAGGCACAUCGAUCUCCCAUUAUCUUGAGCUGGGCGAGACCUGUUCCAGCCAUGGGAUAUCGGUAACAAUGCACUGUGCGGAGGCUCCUCAAGAUCGCGUCAUCUAUCACGAUACAUACAACUGCAGUGCGAUGGAGUUUAUCCGGAAUGCGAAGCUCUGCCCCCAGCCUAGGAGUACAAUGGACCAUGGCAACUUGUCCCAUCGAUUAGUGCUGGCGCAUAUGGUGAACCUUGACAAUGAGAUAGAUAUUCCUCUGCUUGCGCAAACUCAGACUUCGGUAGCACAUAACCCAACUUCCAACUUGAAGCUGGCGUCGGGUGUUGCUCCGGUUCCAUCCAUGCUUUCCAAUCCAUCGCCGGUCAACGUAUCCCUGGGAACCGACGGAGCGCCUUGCAGUAACCACUACGACAUGUUUCAAGAGAUGCACCUGGCUGGUAUUCUUCACAAAGGCGUGAAUCUUGACGCAACCCUGAUUCAAGCGGAGGUGGCAUUGGAAAUGGCCACUAUUAACGGUGCACAGGCGUUGGGGUUGGAAGACGAAGUUGGAAGUAUCGAAGUGGGCAAAAAGGGAGAUUUGGUUGUGAUAGAUCCGUACGGACGGGGUGGACUUGGGGCUGCACCUUGGAGCGCCGAAUUCUCCAGCCAUGCAGUAAGCCCGGUCACCACAGUUGUUCACGGAUGCACCGGUCGCGAUGUAGAGAUGACGGUGAUCAAUGGAGAUAUCCUAGUGGAAGAUGGAAAAUUGGCGAUCGGGGGAAGGGAAAAAGAAAUGGAGAUCGUUCGCAUGGCUCAGACCUCUGUCAAGGGUCUGCUGGAUCGGUGUAAUCGUGGCCGCGAGGAUGAUGCCAAAGUGGGAGUAAAGCUCAAGCAGCCGUGGACGUACGUUUGA